GAUCAGUGUGUGUGUGAGGAGUCAGAGAGGUGAGACCCGGACCCGGACCCCCCUCUCUAAAAACUAAGGUAAAGAUGGAGGUCACCGCGGAGGCCAAGAGGAUCAUGGUCGUGGCUCUGGGGAAACUAUACAGCUCACGGUCCCAGCGUGGAGGUCUCCGUCUGCACCGGAGCCUCCUCCUCACCAUGGUCAUGAAGUCCGCGCGGGACAUCUACCACGCGGCUCAGGCCACGGAGGACUGCGGGGUCCCGGGCUCUGAUCAGCGACCCCCAACGCAGGAGGAGUCCUCGGAACCCGGACUUCAGGCUCCCCUCCCCCAGGAGGACGCUGUAGGCCCCCUCACGGAGCUGCACCACGGCGCCCACAGGCGCUCCGGUGCAGAAAACAAGGAGAACCUGUCUCCGAGAGUCCGGACCCAGUCCAGGAAGAGACGGGGAAAAACGGCAGCAGAACCGGACUUCCUGCCCUGCAAGAAAGCCAGACUCGAACAGGGACUCUCCGGUCCAGCCUUGGUCCUAAGUUCGGUUCUGGUGGACUAUGUGAACUGCAGCAGUGGACUGGCUGUUCCACCAACCCCCCUCCCCCUGCACAGAGUGGUGGCUGUGUGUUGAACCCUCUGCAGGUCAGGGGGGCAAAACUUCUCCACUUUGGAGUCUGGAUCGGUCCGUCCCGGGUCGUCUGGACUCUGUUGGUUCUGGAGCAUGGGUCUGGAAGGAUCCUGGUCCUUGUUCUGAGGUGCUCUCAGAGACUUUUGGUCCAGUUUUUAAGGACAAGGACUGACUGCAGCUGGUCAGAGAGGGACCUGAAGGACUUGGAGGACCUGAACCUCCUCAUGGACCUGGUUCUCGUGCUCUGAACCGGACCGGACUUUGGUUCGGGUGUUGGAUCUGUGUGACUGAAAUUCAGCUGUAAACUUUGAUGAAUACGACUACCUCAGUAUUUAUUAAACAUGAUUUUUACUGAAACUACA